GUCUGAGAAACUGGAUAUUCAAAACGUAACGUAAUUGUUUUAAAUGCAGCUGGCAUCAUAGAAAACGAUUAAGCGAACGCCUCUCUGGCUAAGAAGCUACGCUGUGCUGGCUAGCUACAUUAACAACUACCGGGUAUGGCUAGCUAACUAGCUAACGUUAGCAACUGAUAGCUAGCUAGCUAACGCUAGUCACAUCUUCUAAAUGCAGUACAAGCCAAUAUGAACACUUACUUAAUUGUGUUGCCCUAUUGUUCCGAUUACUGAAUUGGACUGUGGCACUCAGGCUAGCUAUAGUUAAACAUUCCUGCCCGUAUGGCUAAUAUACAUUUAAACCAAGCUAGGCUAGCUAGCCAGAUAGCUAGCCACGUCCCUUGCCUGGAAGCAAGCAACAUGACAUUCUAUGUGCUGGUUGCUACCCCACGCAAACAAGCUCUUCAACCUUCAGUCAUACAAUCUCAAAGCAAGUAGGCUACACACACCGAUAGCUCUUCCCUUGACAAGACCGAAUUGUUUUCCAAGCUUUGGAUUAUGAUCUGCUUUAUGCUGACCAUUGCAACGUACAUCUGUGUGGCAUUGCUUGAGGUUGAAGCAGGGGAAAUCAGUCAUGUCAUGGAUAUACAACCACAGAAUAAUAUCGUGGAAAAUAAUUUAAAUGGAAGCCAACACGAGGUGACAAGUUCUGAGCAUUUCCAAGCAGCUUUUGAGGAACAGGGCUACUACUUGCAUCGAUUGUUCAAGCAGUAUGGAGAGAACGGAACUCUAUCAUAUGGAGGGCUGCAGAAGUUACUUGGCAGCCUUGGGCUAGGGGAGGUCAGUGUUUUGGAGAUCAGCCACCAUGGACUGAAGCAAAAUACAUUAGACUCCUCUCAGCCUCACUCACACAGCCUUAACCAGGGUCGCAACAUCCCUAUCUCAAAUUUGAAUUCUUCAUUUCCAUUUGCAAACAUAGCCAGUAGUCCACUGUCUGGGAGACUGGAUCUUGAUGGAUCUAAGGAGAGUACCACCUCUGUCAGAGUGAUGGAAGAUCCAUGGUCACACUCAAACCCUGCGUCUACCACAAGAAAUGAACAGCUUGAAUCACUGGUGUCUAAUCACUCUACCCAGACACACUUCCAUGGGAACUGUCUGAAUGUCACUCAGCUUUUGUGGAAUUUUGGUCUGGGGAGGGCGUCCCACAUCACCCCUGCACACUUCAGCUUCCUGUGCCCGGCCCUUCUGUACCAGAUAGACAGCAGAGUUUGUAUACACCACUCGGACACCAAUGUAACCCAGACAGACAGUAAUGUGACAUUUCUCAAAGCUCUGGGUUGGAGCUCCUUGGCUCUGGUUCUGAUCAGUCUCCCAUCUUUCCUGGCUUUAAGCCUGGUGCCCCUUCUGCCUCCCUCCCAUCUACGCACCCUUCUUUGCCCAAUGGCUGCUAUGGCUGUGGGGACACUGUGUGGGGACGCCCUGCUGCAUCUCCUCCCUCAUGCCAAUACAACACCCCAUUCUGAUGAGUGGGACCCCAUACUGAAGGGCCUGAGCGUGUUGGGAGGACUCUACCUCCUCUUCAUUAUUGAAAGCAUUCUGGGACUACUGAACCACUACAAGAUAUCCAGUAAAAAAAGGAAGGGGAACAUCGAUAUUGAUCCAGAGAGGGAGCUUAGUCCCCUGAAUAGUCUCAGUGUCCCAGAGCAAACUCAACCUUCUGAGCACAGCCAUCAUGGCCACUCACACAGCCUGCCUGACCAGGAGCAUGCUGGGAUAGGAAGCUUGGUUUGGAUGGUGGUCAUGGGAGAUGGGAUUCACAAUCUUACUGAUGGACUGGCAAUUGGUGCAGCUUUCUCUCAUAGUCUAACUGGAGGUCUGAGCACCACCAUUGCUGUGUUCUGCCAUGAGCUUCCUCACGAGCUAGGUGACCUGGCUGUUUUGCUAGGAGCGGGAUGGCCUGUACGCAGGCUCGCUCUCUUCAGUUUCUUAUCGGCACUGCUGGGCUUUCUUGGCCUGCUGACAGGCACUCUUCUGGGCCACAACUCUCCCUGGAUCCUAACCCUCACUGCUGGAGUUUUCCUCUAUGUGGCCCUCGCUGACAUGAUGCCAGAGAUGCUCCAUGGUGAUCCGGGUCCGAUGGGUCCCCUGACUCGCUUUCUACUGCAGAACCUUGGUCUGUUGACUGGGGGCUCCGUCAUGCUCUGCAUAGCUUUAUUUGAAGAUAAUAUUGCAGUCAACCUGGGAGAGGGCUGAAUCAAUGGAUGUAUUUGAGUGAAUUAGCUUAAAAACCAGAAGACAAGAUCAACACAUUUAACUCAACAGGUGUAAACAGCCAGUAUUCAUGACAUUUGAUCUGAUAGACCGCAACGUGAGAUAAUGGCUAUGACAGUCAUUCGAACUAAAGGCUACAAACUUAAGAAUAGUGAUGGCGUCAGUCUGCAAACAGCUUUUUAGAGCUCUGCAAGGCUGUGUGAACAUGGAUGAACCUACCUGAUAGGAUCACAUCCUUUGGACAUCUGAUGUAUUUAAUCUUUUCGUAAAUGCACUCCAACUCAGACACCUCCUUUUUAGUGUUUAGACUUUUUUUUACGACCAUCAAAUUAGAUGAACAAUUUUCAUUAUUUAAAAUGUAUGUCGAUGGGAAAUAACUAUUUCAGUAUCAUGUACAAUCUUAUAGUAAAGGUUCCCUUGUGACUCCCAUUUCAUUAUCUCA